AUGAAAGCUUUUCGAUCUAUGGCCUCAAGUAAACACAGUGGGAAAGUGUUAAUUAAGAUUAAACAUGAAAUUAGAGAUGAAUAUUCCUCGACAACGAAAACAUCAAAGGUCGUUGAUAAAAUUUUAUCAACUAAAUCGAUCCCAUUAUCAAUCGCAGCACCGGUUUUCUAUUCAAGUAAAGCUUAUAUUAUCGUUGGUGGAUUUGGUGGAUUUGGUUUGGAAUUAGCAUCUUGGUUGGUCAAAAAAGGUGUUCGACAAUUGGUUCUCAAUUCUCGAUCGGGACCUAAAUCAUCUUACCAUAAAUUAUCUUUGGAGCGAUUAGAGUCACUUGGUGCAAAUGUCAUUAUAUCAACACAAGAUUUAACUAAUGAACAAGAUUGUUGUUCUCUUUUCGAAUCCCUUUCACCUUAUCCAAUUGGUGGGAUAUUUAAUUGUGCUCUCGUUUUGUCUGAUGCUUUAAUAUCCGAUCAAAAUGCUGAAACUUAUGAAAAAGUUUGUUCAUCUAAAGUAAAAAUAACAAAGAAUUUAGAUAAAUUAACUCGAUCAUUAGCUCCAGUUGAUUGUGAUUAUUUUAUGGUCUUCUCAUCAGUCGCUUGUGGACGAGGUAAUCCAGGUCAAUCUAAUUAUGGAUUAGCCAAUUCUUAUAUGGAAUCGAUUUGUCAAGAGAGAUUCAAACAUGGACUUCAUGGCCUAGCGAUUCAAUGGGGAUACGUUGGUGAUGUUGGAUUUGUCGUUGAGAAAAUAGGUGUUAACAUUGUUUCAGUUCGCGGAACAGCAGCUCAACGAAUCCAUUCUUGUUUUUCUGUACUUGAACGAGCGUUAAUCUACCCUUCUCCCGUUGUAUCGAGUUGGAUUCGAGCAAUCGAUAGGAAAAGUGUUGCGCUCGUUUCUAGAGACAUAAUUAGUUCAAUCAGUCACAUCUUGGGCAUCAAAGAUAUUAAUUCAUUUGAUCCUAAUGUUACUUUAGGUGAACUUGGUAUGGACUCAUUGAUGGCAAUCGAAGUUCAACAAGUUUUAGAGAAGCAGUACAGUAUUUCAAUGAAUUCAAAAGAGAUUCGAGCUCUUACCAUCAUUAAAUUGAAGGAAUUAUCAAACAGUAUAAAAAACGAUAAACAAACAUCAGAAUCAUUAACAAAUAGCGGCUCAACCAUCAAUGAAUUGAAUGAUACGAAUGAAAAGUUUGGAUCACUUUUAUCUCUUCAAGUUCCAAAAGCAAUAACAAUUGAAUUUAAUAAUUUAGUAAAAUCAAACAAAACAUUCAGGCCAGUUUAUUAUGUUCCUCCAAUCGAAGGAAAUUAUGAUUUAAUGAAAGGUCUCGUUGAUCGGAUUAAAAGACCAGCACUCGGACUUAAUUGGCCUUACGGUCUUUCGUCUCUUACAUCAAUCGAGUCUGCAGCAAAUUAUUAUGCUGAUUAUCUAAUCAAGUUUCAUUCACCAAAUGACAGAAUACACAUGGUUGGCUACUCAUUUGGAGGUAUUAUUGCUUAUAUCGCUUGUGAAUUGGAGACUCGAUUUGCGUCCAACGGAAGUGGACCAAUAAUUGAGAAAUUAAUUCUUAUUGAUGCUGAUCCUGAAAAGCUAAAAAAUGUCGCAGAAAUAACUAAAAAUACUAGAGUUAAAACUGCCGAUAUAAUUAUACAAGAGACUGAAUUUGUUAAAGGAGCGAUUCGAAGAGUAUUUUCGAAUUUGGACACGAAUAAAUUCGAUUCGGAAAUAGCUCAUUGUUCCAAUCGAAAAGAAAGAUUCGAUAUAUUCACAAAAAUAAUGAUCGAUAAAGGAAUUCCCGAAGAUAAGGCAGAUAUGAUUUCUAAAUUUAAUGAGUUAACUUUUCAAAAAGGACAAAUGCUUAUCAAUUAUUCACCAAAACUCAAUUCGAAAUUAACCGAAAUAAUUCAUAUUCGAGCUAAAACUGAUUUACCAUUAUUCCAAAAUGCAAUAAAAACUCGGUUCAAACUUGGAACCGAACACUUUUUUGAUGGUAAUCAUCACACGGUAAUCGGAUCAAAUUUGGACGCUAUCGAGAAAAUAACAAACAAUUUCUUCAAUAUCCAAGAAGAUAAUAGCAUUUUAUAAUUCAUCUCUUGUUUCUUUUUCACUUAUUAUUAAUACAUUACGAUCACU